GAUAUUUUAUUGGAAUUAGGAAGAAGCUUAAGAAGUUUAAUUUUUUAUGUUACCUCAAGAAUUGUCAUUGGAGUUUUUAGAAUCAAAUGAUAUAGAUUUUUCAUUUGAAUUAUACAAAGGUUUAUAUGAGAAUUGUGCUAAUCCGUCUUUGAAAGAAGGAAAUGAGAGGGAUUCAUCAUCGGAGGAGCGUUUGGAUUAUGAUGGAUCAGAUGAAGAUCCGGUUAUGGAUAGAAGAAUGUUUGAGUCGUCUUUUAAUAAUAAUUACGUGAGUUUGAUUGAUAUUAAUGAUUUGGAGUAUAAAAAGAAUUUUUCUUUCCCUGAAACCCUAUCAGUAUAUGAUAUUUCUAUGCAAAAAAAUAGUUUGAAUGAUAUUCCUUUAAAUGUUUAUCCUGUAUUUGAUUCAUAUCAGGAAAAUGACAUAAAAAAGUGUUAUAAUGUGGUUGAGAAUGUGCCUUCUCUGGUUCAAGAUUUAGAUGAGAUUAAUAUUCCAGCACCAUAUAUUUUAAAUAUUUUUGGAAUACCAGAGAAAUCAAGGGUUGAGACUCAGGUUAAAUUAGGCAUAAAAUUGACGCCUAGUUUAUCAGUGCAAGAGCCUUUCAAUAAGGAUUUUUUCUGGCUUAAACUUCCAAGUUGGACUAUUACAAAAGAAAAAUUGAAACUACCUAAUUUAAGAAAUCAUCCCAAGUAUAUUGAUCCGGAAAAGAUAUUAACACUGGAACCUAGUGUUGUUUGCGCUAGUGAUAUUACUAGAAAUGUUUUGAUUUGUUCUGCUUGUAUUAUGCGGGAGCGUAAACGAGCUAUAAGAAAGAAAAAAACUAAGUUUGAAAAUGAGUCGAAUCGAAAUCAAGAUAGCCUUUCUCCUGUAAAAGAUGAAGAAAAAAAGAUUAUUUUAUUUAAUUAUCCUGAAAUUUUUAGAUUUAAGGAUAAUUAUAUAAAUAUACCGACAAGAAUAACAUGUUAUUGUAGACAUCAUAGAGAAAAUAUAGGAUUUAGGAUUCUGAUAAACAUAAAAGAUAAUAAAAACCAGUUGAUUGCAUCAACAUUAUCUAAACCAUUUAUGAUUAUAGAUGACCACAAAACUAUUUCGAAAAUAAAAAAAAUAAAUGGAUUACAUUUAGUGCCUAGUUUACUACUACCUGUUCCUAUGAAUGAUAAUAAUAGUAAUCAAAAUGGAAAUAUAUUUUUUAAUGAAGAAUUGAAAUUAGCAACCAAUUCCAGGAAUUGUUCUUGUUCUGCGCUGGAUCGUAUGACUGAUAAAAAUAUAAUUCAGCCGGCUCAUAAUUCUAUAAUUUAUCUUCAAGACGACACUUCUAAUGAAAAUAAAUCUUUUGUAGUUGACGAUAAGUUUAUGGACUCUGAAUCAUAUAAUAGUUUGCUUUUGCCUACAAAUGCUCAACAAGAUGAAUUAGCAGCCAUGCUGAAUGUACCAUCAUUAGUUUCUAGUCAAGUAUCUUCACCAGAAAUUGCUUUACAAAUGCAAUUUUCUAUUGAUUCUAAUUUAUUUGAGCUUUCAUCAGAAACUCAAUGGUCUAAUAAAGAACUACAUAUGAAUAUUGAUCAAAUGGAUUUUUCGAACCAAGUGAGUCUGCCAGUUCUUGAUAAUGACACGUCAGUGGAAUUAUCUGCAAAUCCUAUCGAGGUUCCAAUAAUUGAUCGUUUGAUCCCAUCUGAAGGUCCUAUGCAUGGCGGAAUUGAAGUUACUAUACUAGGUUCGGGAUUUCAUUCUGGCUUAACAUGUAUAUUUGGCGAUAAUCUUUCACCUUUAAUCCAUUAUUGGAGUUCUACUGUUAUAGUAUGUACCUUACCUCCUAGUCCUGUUCCGGGACCUGUUGUUGUAGAUUUUAAGGAGCGUAAUUUGACUCAGUCUGAUGUCAAUGCAAAAUAUUUUAUAUAUAAAGAUGAUAAUGAUCGUACAUUAAUGGAAUUAGCUCUACAGGUUGUUGGUAUGAAAAUGACUGGAAAGCUGGAAAAUGCCUUAACUAUUGCUAUGAAAAUCUGUGGAUUAAUGCCUAAUGACUGCAAUGAAUCCAAUUUAAAGCAACAACAAUCAAAUUUAGAUUCAUAUAAACAGUCUUUAAUAAGUUAUUUGCGUUCUUCAUCGACAUUUCAUAUAUACAAAGCUUAUUAUUAUUUUGAAACAAUGUUUUCUGAGCAUGAUAAUUUUCUAAAUAUAAAGUCAGAUACUAAUGCAUUUCAUUUAUUAUAUCAAGAUAGGCCAAAUCAAACAUUAUUAAGUCACGUUUACAUACAAGAGCUUCAAAGACAAAUAAUAAACUUAUUUUCUCAGAACUAUUAUUUAAAACCUAUAAAACGCUGCAACUAUAAUCAUGUUGAUUAUUUGAAUAUGAAAAAGACGGAUAUCAUUGAAAAGACUCUAGGAAAUACCAAAGAAAACAGAUGUAUUUAUAGGACAUUAUAUAGGAAAAUAUUUAAACUAACAUAUCCAAAUACUUAUAUUGAAAUAUCAAAUCUAUUGCGUCUAAAUAGGGAGCAUAUGGAUCACUUCAUUGCUUCAUUUGUUUUCUUAUGGCUAAAUCAAAAUAACUUUAUAUUUAAGAAGCGCUCAAAACCAUUACUACAUGCUGCUGCAGACAACUUUGAUGAUAAUGAUUUUUUUGAUACGUUUUUUUCAUCUAAAAGAAAUAAUAAAUCUUUCAAGAACAAGUUAAAUAAAACAAAAAAAUAUUCUGAGGCAGAGAAUCUACAUUAUAAGGAUUCCUUAGCUAGUUCCUAUAAUACGAAUAAUGAAUCAAAGGAAAAUUCUUGCCAUUUAUCUCAAUCUCAGAAUAACUUGGAUACUCAGGAAAAUCAAACUAUAGAAUCAAACAUCAAAGAUGAGAAAAAUGAUGAUGGGAUAUUUACGAUGCAAGGAUUUUCAGAAUUUUUGACAAUGACGUCAGCAAAAGCAAAAUUCGCGUCUUUAUCUAUUCCAAGUAUACUACGUACUUCUAGUUUACCUCCGAUUUCAGAAAUUAGUCAGUUUCAUCCUAUAUCUGCACUUAACUCUUUUAUUCAACAAUACCCUUUUAUUAACAAAAAAGCUAACUCCAAAUCUUCUAAUAUAAUGGAAAAUGAUAUCCAAUAUAAUUGGUGGCAACAUUUGAUAUUUGGGCCUCCUCCUCCGUAUUCCGAACUUUCAACAAAUGAAGACGUAUUUGAAACUUCAUCUGAUGCUUCUGAGGAUUUUGAAUUUCCUCAGGAAAAAUCGCAAUGGUAUUCUUUUAAAUGGCAGCCGAAAGCUUUCACUAGAUCUCGUACAGCCGAAAUAAUACUAGAGCAACGACAGUUUAUCAAGGAACAUGCAAAGAUAAUACAGAAAUUAGAAAAAGAUAAAAUGCUUUAUUUAUUUUGGCUUCCUGUUCUAAUAAUUCUUUCAAUCUUCAUUAUUUUAAAUUGGACGCAAAAGAGUGUUUCUAUUGGGAUUUAUGAUUUGAGAAGGACCAUAACGUUUUCUAUUUAAAUUAAUUGCUAUAAAAAAAAGAGUUAUUUGGUUUAUUAUUGAUUAA